AUGGUUGCAGCCAUGGACUCAAAUAUAGAUACCACCUAUGAAGUGAAAGACCUUCAACACUCGCUGCGGAAUGCAACGCUCGAACUCAACCUAGAGCGAAGCAAGCAUUCAGUCGAAGUUGUAGUCAAGGACGAAGAAAUACGGAAACUGCGAGUGAGCCAGUGUCUCCUGCAGGACGCCAACGCCGACCUCCACGAACAACUCGAAGAAGAACAAGCGCGCUCAGACGAGCUGCAGAACGCCCUCGACGAGGCUCUUGCGCAAUUGGACGAACAGACUGCCCAACAAGAGGCUGCCCAGAGUCGCAUCCGAACGCAGGCACGGGAAGUUGCAAAUCUGAAGGCUGAGUUGAAGGCCAUGGAAAACGUCACCUCCGACUCCGACAAGAUCCUCUCUGAGAAACUUGCCCUAUCUCGCGAACUUUCAUCACUGCGCCCCGAAGUCGAGCACCUCCGCGCACAGGUCGAAUCGAACCAGGGCCUCCUCACCGAAAAGCUGGCAUUACAACGCCAACUGACAACGCUGCAAGUCGAGCUAGAGAACGAGAAGCGCGCCGCCGCUCGCACAGCUGCGAAGCAAGGGAAGAAGAUGGAGCAGGACGAAGACCUCCGCAACGAGAUGGAAGAAUUGCGCAAGGAUCUUACAAAAGAGAAGAAGGACCGUGCAAAGGCCGAGGCUGCCCUUUCCAGAGCUGAGAAGGCAGCAGAUGGGAUAAAGGCGGACCUGGAGUCACAACAAAAGACUGCAGGGCGCUUGGAAGCCGAGAUUGAGAAGUUGUCCCAGAAAGAAGGCAAGACGAGCAAACGUGACGAGACAAACGAGGCAGCGUUAGAUGCGCUUCGUCAAGAGCUGGAGCAGGAGAGGGUCGCGCGAAAGCAAGCCGAAAAGGCUAGCAAGAAUGCUGGCAGCCGAGAAGCGGAAAUGGCGCAGCUGCGUGAACAGCUUGAACAGGCGAAGCGUGAAAGCCAGAAGAAUGGGAAAGCAUCGAAGAAGGAUAUCCAGCAGGAUAGUUCACUCGCAGAGACUCUCAAGAAAGAGCUUGAAGAGGAGAAGCGUGAACGUAAGAGGCAAGAAAAGGAGUACAAUAAGACGCUCGCGGAGCUCCAGGGUCGCAAUGCUGUCCUAGAUGAUAAGCUGAGCGCCUUCCGUGACAAACUUAGGUCGACCAAGGAUAAGUUGAAGGAGAAAGAGGCCGAGUUGGAAAGAGCCUCCGAAAGGGCACAGUCCGCACCUCCAACCAAGCCUUCUACCCAAGCCGGCUCAAAGCCGGCUGCGAAAACGGCUCGCAAGCGGACAGCGGCUACUGCCGAACCAGAGGCCAUCUUAGGUACCCCAGGAGAUGGCUUCCCAGCAAAGAAGACGAAGCGCGGUACUUCGGUUUCCGCUGUUGGCGAUACUUCUACUUUCUCUCUGACGCCCUUCUUGAACCGUGGUGGUAACACCACAAUAAUUGCCAGUCCUAUUGUCGAAGAAGAAGAAGAAGAGCAAGAAGAAAUUCCACCGCAAGAGUCUACUCCAACUGCUUUGCCAAAGAAAGCGUCCAAGAAGAUUGCACUGCCCAAGUCCAAGGCCCUUGCACCCUCUGCCUCCAACAAGGCCAACGCAAAGCCGCGUAAGAAGACCGCAGCUCCAGUCCUCGACAUGGUCACGGAGGAGGCUUCUGAAAUCUCACACGAUACCUCCAAGGACGACACGGAAAAUGCACCCGUCGCUGUGCCCCUCAAGGACGCUGACGAUGGCUCCUCCACAAAGGCUAAGCCUACUGUUCCCAAAUUCAAGCCCCGCAAAUCUAUCAUGUCCUUCGCCACAUUUGUCGAAGAGCCGGCCGCGGAAAAGAAAAAGAAGAAGCGCAGGCUUGGUGCUGGUAAGGGCACUUUCGAUAUCGACGAUGCGGAGGACGAUGCUGUGCUACCUAAACCCGUGGGUGUGGGUAAGGGUUUGUUUGCGGCGAGGGCAUUGGGAAAGAGUGUGCUAGGUAAACAGGGGCAGCGGCCAAUUUCUGGUGGCUUCAAUAUGUUGAGUGAAGAGGCAUUUACGUUUAGUCCUUUGAAGAAGGAUAGGCGGAAUGGUGCUAGUUUCUUGAAGUAG